AAACUGUCAAACACAAUUUUACCGUCACAUUAUUAUCCGCAAUCAAGCCAAUUUUCGGCAUAACGAUUACAGAAAUCCGUUUUGUGCGGUAUUUAGAAAGUGAAACUCGCCAGACACUCUUGGAAAAGUUAAUAUCUGGGUUUUCUUAUGAAGUUAAAGUUACAUGUCUCCUGGAAAGCACCCUUUAUAUCAAACUAAUUAUCUAUGCAAACAGUUAAGUUAUAUGAGUGCUUGUGCGUUGCCACUAAAGAGUGAUUAAAACAUGAUGAGGCACUUUGAUUGUUUUGAUUGACUCUCAAGAGUUGUAUUAAAGAUCGCUUCACAUAUUUAACGAGCAGCUCAUUAAAAUAAUUUCUAACCCGAAGAUGCUUGAUACGUUGCGGCGCUCAUUACGCGUUAUUGAUGCCACUUCUAUGGCAGCGAGAAUUUGAAGGGUCAUCGCAAAGAAUAAAAUUAGCUGCGAGACAAACGGACUUGCAACCAAUGUGGGUAAAGAAGUAGCCUAAAGUCUAAAUAUAUAUUUUUUGUUUAUGGACAUAGUUUUUUGGGUUCUUUGAAGCGCUUGCUAGUAGGAAGUGAACGCCGACAACAUAGCGGUAUAAAAGCAUGCGCAAGGUCGACGCAGUGCUGCAUUAACAGAAUGGCUACACGAAAAAUCACUACAGCAACACUAUACUUCGGCUUGAUGUGUGUUGUGCACGCAGCCGCUUUGGAGCCCACUUUGGUGAAUAACACCACCACGAGCGCGCCUGAGAGAGCAAGUGUCAGUACGAACACAACCACAACAUCAACAGCAACACCGCUCAAUAUUGUAGACACCACGAUUAUAACUCCAAACGAAAGUCAGCUGGACAAUGACGAGUCUAUGGCUAGACAAGCUGUUGAAGGAGGACGUGCGGUCACACCGAUUGGCACCAAAGAGUUAGAUGGACGUAGCGCCUACAUAAACAAUCAAUACGUGGCCGACGAAGCACCAUUGUCGUACAAUGAUACUUCUCCGCCACUCUAUCAAUUUCUGCAGGAGCAAAUGGAGCAAAUACUCGCCUCGAGUUUGCCUGGUGAAUAUCGCUUGGAGAACAAUGCCGCCAAUAAAGAGAGUAGUGCGGUUGGCAAAGAGAUGACCACCAAUGGUUAUGGUGUGCCAGCGCUACAAAAUGCCGUAAGCAGUCCCGUAUUCGCCUAUGGCGGCACCAAUUUUCAGGAAGAAGACGAUGAUUUGAUAGGAGCCUAUGGCAAAGCACCGGAUGAUAAGUAUUAUCCUGGCAUUGCGCCUACCAAGCCAAGCACGAUGGAACUACCGAAACCGAUAAAAGUACAUAACAUUAUUACGCGGCCCAAAUUAACGCACACAGCGACAACAACCAGCACCACCACAACCACAGAGACGCCGAAAGCACCGAGCUUGGGUGGCUAUGGUGGCGGUCAGGUGUCACUCUCAGAGGUUGCCGCAGCGCCGCAGUACAAGCCACAAGUGUCCAACAAUAACAACAAUGGUUAUGGCUCACAGCCUAUGUCCAGCUAUAAGCCACAAAUCAAAGAGGAAUAUUAUUCGCCCAACCCGAGCAAGUACACUUAUGUGCGACAAAAUAGCACAGUGCAUAUGCGCAAACGUCGUAUCACAUUUAAGACGGUGGCGUCUGCAUCACAGAUCAUCUCCACGCCGCUGGCAGAUUUGAUGUUCAAGUACUCGAUUGGUGUGGCGAAGCCUUCGAUGGCGGCCGGUGGCAACUCUUUGUUCGAGCAUGAUGAUCAGCCCGUACAUAAUUCCCCUCCAAGCGGUUAUAAUGAUAAUCUGGAUCUGCCGAAGCACGCGUAUAGCGGUAAAAUAUCACAUAGCAGUCACAGAAAAAAUUAAGUCGGUACAGCUUAGAGAUAUUCUUAAUUAUGUGUAUUAUUUAUUGUAUGAAAUAAAAUUUUAUAAACUAU